AUGCGGAACUACAAGGGGUUUGACGCUGUGGAUGUCCAUCUCGCGGAUGAUGGAAUCGUCCAAGCAAUCGGCAGUGGGGACAUUGUCAUGUCGAUGAAGACACCCCAAGGGAUGAAGAAAGGUGUGCUCACAAACGUGUGGCACAUCCCAAAGUUAUCCAGAAACCUGUUCUCGGUCGGCCGCUUCACCAAGGAUGUCGGCCCAGUGACGUUCACGAAGGAUGGGUGCUAUGGAGAAGCGAAAGGGACCAAGUGGAAAAUUGGUGCCCGUGAAGGUAAAGGACUGUUCAAGCUGCAAAUGACUCCAGUGGCGCCGGAACAAGCAAAUGCAGCCAAGUCGUCGGGAUGUCAAGGGGGCACCAAGUCGUACCUCUGGCACCUUCGGCUUGGCCACAUAGGUCACGAUGGACUCAAUUGCAUCGUGACGAAGAACAUUGGAAUUGGCAUCGACAUAUCUUCGGUGAAGAAGUGGGACGUGUGUGAAGGUUGUGCUCUGGGGAAAACAGACUCGAGUGCGCUUCCAAUCAAACACUACAGCUCGCACCUCCAAACUCCUCGAAGUGAUUCACAGCGACGUAUGCGGACCGAUGUCGAUGGCAACUUUCAGUGGAAAACGGUACUUCGUGACAUUCAUUGA